UUUUCCCGCCUCCGCCGGCUGCGGAGCUCCGGUCCUCGGGUGACAGCUAGCUGAGCAUGGCCGGUGCCGAGGAGGAGCUUGCCGGGCGGCAGGCGGAGCUGGAGCCCGUCGUGUCCUUGGUGGACGUGCUCGAGGAGGACGAGGAGCUGGAGAACGAGGCGUGCGCCGUCCUAGGCGGCAGCGACGCGGAGAAAUGCUCCUACUCGCAGGGUUUGGUAAAGAGACAAGCACUGUAUGCCUGCAGUACCUGUACCCCAGAAGGAGAAGAACCAGCAGGGAUUUGUCUAGCUUGCAGUUAUGAAUGCCACGGAAGUCAUAAGCUAUUUGAAUUAUACACAAAAAGAAAUUUUCGUUGUGAUUGUGGAAACAGCAAGUUUAAAAAUUUGGAAUGCAAAUUAUUUCCUGAAAAAGCAAAAACAAAUUCUUGUAAUAAGUACAAUGACAACUUUUUUGGAUUAUACUGCAUUUGCAAGAGACCCUACCCUGAUCCUGAAGAUGAGGUUCCAGAUGAGAUGAUUCAGUGUGUGGUCUGUGAAGACUGGUUCCAUGGAAGGCAUCUUGGUGACAUUCCCCCUGAGAAUGGGGAUUUCCAAGAGAUGGUGUGCCAGGCUUGUAUGAAACGUUGCUCUUUCUUAUGGGUUUAUGCUGCACAAUUGGCAGUAAGGAAGAUGUCUGCCGAAGACGAUGGGCAGGUGCUCAGUGUUGAUGGGACCGGGGAUCAGGAAGUUACCAAGCCUGACAGUGGAGGUGAUGCUCUCAGGGAGGAAGCUCCGGAGCACAGAAAUGAUGCCGUCAAGGACGCGAAAGCUGAGCAGAAUAAUGAGCCAUGUACCAGCUCUAGUUCUGAAUCUGAGCUCCAGACAGUGUUUACAAAUCAAAGUAUCAAAACAGAAUCCCAGUCCAGCUGCCGACUUCAGGAGCUCAAAACUAAGCCAUUUUUAAAGAAAGACACUGCCACUUACUGGCCCCUGAACUGGCGCAGCAAAUUAUGUACCUGCCAAGACUGCAUGAAAAUGUAUGAAGAACUAGAUGUCCUGUUUCUGACAGAUGAAUGUGAUACAGUUUUGGCUUAUGAAAACAAAGGCAAGAUUGACCAGGCAACUGACAGAAGGGACCCUUUAAUGGACACCCUGAACAGCAUGAAUAGAGUCCAGCAAGUAGAACUCAUUUGCGAGUACAAUGACUUGAAGACUGAGCUGAAAGACUACCUGAGGAGAUUCGCUGAUGAAGGCACGGUUGUUAAGAGAGAGGACAUCCAGCAGUUCUUUGAAGAGUUUCAGUCGAAGAAGAGAAGACGAGUGGACGGGAUGCAGUACUACUGCAGCUAGAGCGGCCGCUGAAGCGCCUGCUCCGGGACAGAGCGCCGAGUCACCUGGCCUCUCUCAGCUCCUCUGCCCUCAAGCGCCCUCCUCCUCCUUGACGACAGUAGCCACAUCCUUUAUGACUCAGUUAAAUGCAACUCAUUCCACAGACUUCAGCUCUUCUGCCCAGGAUACCCAGGGUUCUUUGUGUCUCCAUGUUAAGAAGUUUGAUCUGAUUUUGAGAAUGCAAACCGGCUUUUUUUUUUUUUUUUUUAACAAUUCCUUUCUUUAACUCCUGAAUGUGUGUACUUUGCCAUAGAGCUGUUGCCAUCUGUAGACCUCUGUAGGCGUCACAGAGGUUCUCUUGCUUCCAGCCUGAACCUCUGUGAGUCCCCUUCACCCCAAUGAUCAUGGUGCCUUGGAUCAAAGCUUCCUUGAGCCUUGUCUGCCCAUCCUCCUCUCUGUUUUCUGAGGUUUGGUCAUGGCUGUGCUCUGGGUCAACCUCCAGAGUAGCCAGGACUGCUGUUCUGGCUAGGACGUCUGUCACAGGCUGAUGACAGGGCUGAGGAAGCACAUUUUUAUUCUGAAUUUUGCUGAUAAAUUUAAAGUGAAAUUUUCAUUCACAAUAUUGGUGGCACUCAAUAUUAGCUUUUCAGUACUGUACUGCUCACAGGGCUUCCUGGGGAAUCUGCCCAUACACUUAGUCCCUUUUUGCUGCCUAGAAAGAGACCAGAUAAUCACACCUGUGACAUCUUGGUGGUUUACAAGUCCUCUGGGUUUCCUUGUAUUAUCAGGGGUAUGCAUAAGCGUGUCUUCAGAGUAGACCUAUUCUGAUAGUUCUGUAACAGAAGUGUUAUUGGAACUCCAGUAAGUUAUUUUCCCCUGGAAGCUGUGUUGAAGGCAAAAGACACUGACUGACCUUAGUUGCAGUGACAGGGCAGUGACCACCCCAGAAGAGACAGACUAGCAGAUGCCAGGCAAAUCCCUUGGCUGCACAAGUGACAGGUGGGUGUGCACAGCCCUAGCUUGCGCAGGCGCUUCCCUGGUGACCGUGAGGCGGUCUCGGGAGCUCCCAUGGGACGCCGCACACCACGCCGGGGGAAGGGAAGCCCUUUCAGGCGGCGUGAACUUUCCUUCAGCCCAUCGCUCGGUCUGUGUGGAAAACAACUGUUGAUAUGUAUAGAGCCCUAAAUUGUAUCCUAGAGAAAUGCAGGGUCUUUCCUAACUCAUUUGGAGGUGUAUUAAACACGUUUUAGGCCCCAUGUUGGUGUGAAUACUCCCUUUGUAGCCAGCAGUCGUGUCCACAAGUGCUCCCUGAUCCCUGGGCGGGAUGAAGGACGCCUACAAACGAGGCCUCAGGAAGCGGCCCACCUUCUGCGCUUGGCCUUCAGCCUCCUCGUCACAGAUCCUUAUGAGGACUGAUGGCUGCAAUUGGAAGGUUCCCAGGAUGCCAAAGACACCUGUGUGCUCUGAACUGGCCUUGUGAAAAGCACUCAGCUAACCUCAGAGUGUCUCAGCUUGGGAACUUCCAGGUCAGGAUAUUUUGAUCUUUUUACACUUGCACUAUUAGUGUACCAUCAUGUUCUGAAAGUUUGUAUCUUCCCAAAGAUCUGAUUUAACUUUAAAGUUCCUUCCUUCCUGUGAGAGGGGUCAGAAUCAGAGGCAACAUGUUGCUGAGCAACACAGUAAUACAGAUCACCCAGUGCUGAAGGGCUUGUACAAAAAUACUCCACUUCCUUUUACAUUAACCAGAAGACCUCUUUUUGUACCUGUUGUUCACAACUAGUUUUCUUAUUGACUGUACUGGAUUGUCUCUUCUUGGAGAGACUGACUUGGCCAACAUGUGGCAGUUGAUAGUAAUGCAUGUUUUAUGCAAAAUGAAAAUGUGCUACGAGUUGCUUUGGAGAAUUCUGGCAUUGUAUGUACAUUUUUGUAGAAAUUGAUACCGGACUUACAUAUUAACUCCAAUCAGGUUUCUGUAAAAUCUAAAUAAAUCAAUUCAAAAAAA